GCCCAGUCCAGCGCGGCGCAGCCCAGCCCGGAGCAGCGGAGCCGCGGCCGCCGCAGGAUUCGAGGUGCACACCCAGCAGCCUCGACCUAGCUCAUGGAGGAGCCUCGGGAGGCCCUGGCCAGGCGAGCCCUCCCCUCCAGCAGGAAGAGCGGUGCGUAGGAGGAGGGUGGCCGCUGCAGGAGUGGACAUGAACGCUGGCUUUCAAAGGGAACAGCGUUUCAGUUUUGGUCAUCGCAAGUGGUGCCUUCAGCACAGAAGAGCGUGAUCUCUCCUCCGAGGCCAGUGACCUUCAACACGGAACUAAAGGGGAAAAGAGGCCAGCACGGAGCCAUCCCCAGCAUCCAGCGUGGCAUCUCUUGUGCCGGGACCAGGGAUGACUGGGCCAUGCACUCAGACAUCGCCAACCUUCAACCGUUUGCAUAGCACAUGGGGGACUCGUGGGGGCCACCUGCCACUGCCAACUGAGACAAUACAAUGGCAAUACUGACGUCCCUCAUGACGUUUUCCCGACAGACAUUCAGGCAGAAAGUGCUGGUGCAUUUUCUGUCUGCAAAGUAGAGGGCCAUACCUCACCAAUAUGAAUAGCCUGGGCCCUGACGACCUGCUCUGAGUCCACGCACAGCCCGUGACACUUGCAAAAAACUCCCAAAGCCGUCUCGGAUUUGGCUUCCACAGCUCUUGGCCAAUGUGGCCAAAGCUGGACACCUCCUUGGGACACUUGGAUUAUUCAUAAAUGCAGCCUGCCCCGACUCUCCCUGAAUAGCAUCUGAAGUCUCUGGGAAGGUCAUGGAUCCUGAACAAAGCAUCAAGGGUACCAAGAAGGCUGAGGGAAGUCCCCGGAAGCGGCUGACCAAAGGAGAGGCCAUUCAGACCAGUGUUUCUUCCAGCGUCCCAUACCCCAGCAGCAGCACAGCUCCCCCCCAAGAGAGCCCCCCACAAGAGCUCCUAGCCCCGCAGCCCUUCCCGGGCCCCUCAUCAGUUCUUAGGGAAGGCGCUCAGGAGAAAACAGGACAGCAGCAGAAGCCCCCGAAGAGGCCCUCCAUCGAAGCCUCCGUCCACAUCUCGCAGCUUCCGCAGCACCCUCUGACACCAGCAUUCAUGUCACCUGGCAAACCCGAGCACCUCCUGGAGGGGUCCACGUGGCAGCUGGUCGACCCCAUGCGGCCUGGACCCUCAGGCUCUUUCGUGGCCCCUGGGCUCCAUCCCCAGAGCCAGCUCCUGCCAUCCCAUGCUUCCAUCCUUCCCCCCGAGGACCUGCCUGGCAUCCCCAAAAUCUUUGUGCCUCGCCCCUCCCAGGUCUCCGUGAAGCCCGCAGAAGAGGCGCACAAGAAGGAGAGGAAACCGCAGAAGCCGGGCAAGUACAUCUGCCAGUACUGCAGCCGGCCCUGUGCCAAGCCCAGCGUGCUGCAGAAGCACAUACGCUCACACACGGGUGAGAGGCCCUACCCCUGCGGCCCCUGCGGCUUCUCCUUCAAGACCAAGAGUAACCUCUACAAGCACAGGAAGUCGCAUGCCCACCGCAUCAAAGCGGGCCUGGCCUCGGGCAUGGGUGGCGAGAUGUACCCCCCGGGGCUGGAGAUGGAGAGGCUCCCCGGGGAAGAGUUUGAGGAGCCCACCGAGGGAGAAAGCACAGAUUCGGAAGAGGAAACCAGUGCCACGUCCGGGCACCCCGCAGAGCUCUCCCCCAGGCCCAAGCAGGCCCUCCUGUCCAGCGGGCUGUACAGCUCCGGGAGCCACGGUUCCAGCCUCGAACGCUGUUCCUCGUCCCAGUCCACCUCGGCCCAGUCGCUCGAGGACCCCCCUCCAUUUGUGGAACCCUCAUCCGAGCAUCCCCUGAGCCAUAAACCUGAAGACACCCACACGAUUAAGCAGAAGCUGGCCCUCCGCCUGAGCGAGAGGAAGAAGGUGAUUGACGAGCAGGCCUUUCUGAGCCCAGGCAGCAAGGGCAGCACGGAGUCUGGGUAUUUCUCCCGCUCUGAGAGCGCCGAGCAGCAGGUCAGCCCUCCAAACACCAACGCCAAGUCCUACGCCGAGAUCAUCUUCGGCAAGUGCGGGCGGAUCGGGCAGCGGACUGCCAUGCUGACAGCCACCUCCACCCAGCCCCUGCUGCCCCUGUCCACCGAAGACAAGCCCAGCCUGGUGCCUUUGUCUGUGCCCCGCACGCAGGUGAUCGAGCACAUCACGAAGCUCAUCACCAUCAACGAGGCCGUGGUGGACACCAGCGAGAUAGACAGCGUGAAGCCAAGGCGGAGCUCACUGUCCAGGCGCAGCAGCAUGGAGUCCCCCAAGGCCAGCCUCUACCGGGAGCCCCUGUCGUCCCACGGCGAGAAAACCAAGCCCGAACAAUCACUGCUGAGCCUGCAGCACCCGCCCAGCACCGCCCCCCCUGUGCCUCUGCUGAGAAGCCACUCAAUGCCUUCUGCCGCCUGCACUAUCAGUACCCCCCACCACACCUUCCGCGGUAGCUACUCCUUCGACGACCACAUCACCGACUCCGAUGCCCUGAGCCGCAGCAGUCAAGUGUUUACCUCCCACCCCCGGAUGCUGAAGCGCCAGCCGGCCAUUGAAUUACCUUUGGGAGGAGAGUACAGCUCUGAGGAGGCUGGACCAAGUAGCAAAGACACGGCCUCCAAACCCUCAGACGAACCAGAACCCAAGGAAAGUGAACUUACCAAAAAGACCAAGAAGAGUUUGAAAACGAAAGGGGUGAUCUAUGAAUGUAACAUAUGUGGUGCUCGGUAUAAGAAAAGGGAUAACUACGAAGCCCAUAAAAAAUACUACUGCUCGGAGCUUCAGAUCACAAAGCCCAUCUCUGCAGGUGCUCACGCAUCUCCAGAAGCCGAAAAGAGUCAGGCUGAACAUGAGCCGUGGUCCCAGAUGAUGCACUAUAAACUGGGGACCACCUUAGAACUCACUCCGCUGAGGAAAAGGAGGAAAGAGAAGAGCCUGGGGGAUGAGGAAGAGCCACCUGCCUUUGAGUCGACAAAAAGUCAGUUUGGCAGCCCCGGGCCAUCCGAUGCUGCUCGGAACCUUCCCCUGGAAUCCACCAAGUCACCAGCAGAACCAAGUAAAUCAGUGCCCUCCUUGGAGGGACCCACGGGCUUCCAGCCAAGGACUCCCAAGCUAGGGUCCGGCUCAGAAUCAGGGAAGGAGAGGAGAGCAACGUCCAAAGAAAUCUCUGUCAUCCAGCACACCAGCUCCUUUGAGAAGUCCGACUCUCUCGAGCAGCCCAGUGGCUUGGAAGGGGAAGACAAACCUCUGACCCCGUUCCCAUCGCCCCCGCCUGCCCCACAUGGACGCUCAGCUCACUCCCUUCAGCCCAAGUUGGUCCGCCAGCCCAACAUUCAAGUUCCUGAGAUCCUGGUGACCGAGGAGCCUGACCGGCCGGACACAGAGCCUGAGCCUCCCCCUAAGGAACCCGAGAAGACAGAGGAGUUCCAGUGGCCCCAGCGUAGCCAGACACUUGCCCAGCUCCCGGCUGAGAAGCUGCCACCCAAGAAGAAGAGACUGCGCCUGGCAGAGAUGGCCCAGUCGUCGGGGGAGUCCAGCUUCGAGUCCUCCGUGCCACUGUCUCGCAGCCCAAGCCAGGAGAGCAGCAUCUCUCUGAGCGGGUCCAGCCGCUCAGCUUCCUUUGACAGGGACGACCACGGGAAAGCAGAGGCCCCCGGUCCCUCAUCUGACAUGCGCUCCAAACCCUUGGGCACCCACAUGCUGACUGUCCCCAGCCACCACCCGCAUGCCCGAGAGAUGCGGAGGUCAGCCUCAGAGCAGAGCCCCAACGUUUCCCAUUCUGCCCACAUGACUGAGACACGCAGCAAAUCCUUCGACUAUGGCAGCUUGUCCUUGACAGGCCCUUCCGCAGGCCCUUCCGCACCAGCCCCCACGGCCCCACCAGCGCCAGUGGCCCCACCAGAGAGAAGAAAAUGCUUUUUGGUGAGACAGGCCUCUCUGAGCAGGCCUCCAGAAACAGAGCCACCAGAGGCUACCCCCAAGGGAAGACAGGAGAGUGAGGAACCACUGCCUUCAUCCAGCAAAGCUUCCGCCAAAAGCUCGUUGCCCCAGACUUCUGCAGCAGCCACCUCACUGGGUGGGCACCCAGGAGGCAAGAGCCAGGGGCAGGACAGACCCCCACUGGGGCCCACCACGCCCUACACAGAAGCACUGCAGGUGUUCCACCACCCCACAGCCCAGCCCCCACUGCAUGAGAAGCCGUACCUGCCCCCACCUGUCUCCCUUUUCUCCUUCCAGCACCUCCUGCAGCACGAGCCAGGACAGUCCUCAGAAUUUUUCUCCACCCAGGCCAUGUCCAGCCUCCUAUCCCCACCGUACUCUGUGCCCCCUCUUCCUCCCUCCUUAUUUCAAGCCCCACCACUUCCUCUCCAACCUGCAGUUCUGCACCCAGGCCAACUGCAUCUCCCCCAGAUCAUUCCUCACCCAGCCAGCAUCCCCUUCCGGGAGCCCCCUUCUUUUCUACCCAUGCCAUACCCUGCCUCCUCAGCACUCUCUUCUGGAUUUUUCCUGCCUCUGCAAUCCCAGUUUGCGCUUCAGCUCCCUGGUGAUGUGGAAAGCCAUCUGCCCCAGAUCAAAACCACCCUGGCCCCACUGGCAACAGGGAGUGCUGGUCUCUCCCCCAGCACAGAAUACAGCAGUGACAUCCGGCUACCCUCUGUUGCUCCCCCAGCUAGCUCCUCAGCUCCUACAUCAGCCCCUCCACUGGCCCUGCCUGCCUGUCCAGACACCAUGGUGUCCCUGGUUGUACCUGUCCGUGUUCAGACCAACAUGCCGUCCUAUGGAAGUGCAAUGUAUACCACCCUUUCCCAGAUCUUGGUUACCCAAUCCCAAGGAAGCUCAGCAACUGUGUCUUUUCCCAAGUUUGAGGAGCCCCCAUCCAAAGGGAAGACUGUGUGUGGGGCAGAUGUGCAUGAGGUUGUGCCUGGACCAUCUGGGUUAGGUGAAGAGCAAAGCAGAGCUUUCCCGACUCCAUAUCUGAGAGUGCCUGUGACAUUACCUGAAAGAAAAGGCACCUCCCUCUCAUCAGAGAGUGUCUUGAGCCUAGAGGGGUCUUCAUCAACAGCAGGGGGAAGCAAACGUGUUCUUUCACCAGCUGGCAGCCUUGAACUUACCAUGGAAACCCAACAGCAAAAAAGAGUGAAGGAGGAGGAGGCUGUCAAGGCAGAUGAAAAACUUGAGCUAGUAAAACCAUGCAGUGUGGUGCUUACCAGCACUGAGGAUGGGAAGAGGCCAGAGAAAUCCUUAGGCAGCCAGGCACAGAGCAGGAGAGAGCUAGAAGUGCUGUCCAGUCUGUCCUCGGAUCCAUCUGACCCAAAGGAAAUUCCUCCCCUUCCUCACCCCACAUUGCCCCAUGGGACAGCCCCAGGCUCAGAAGCUUUGAAAGAAUAUGCCCAGCCAUCUAGCAAACCUCACCGAAGAGGGUUGCCCCCACUGAGUGUGAAGAAAGAAGAUUCCAAGGAACAACCUGACCUUCCUCCCCUGGCACCUUCCAGUUCUCUGCCUCUGUCAGAAAUGUCCUCCAGACCAGCCAAGUUGCAAGAAGGUAUGGACUCAAAGAAGGUACUGCAGUUCCCCAGCCUCCACACAACCACUAAUGUCAGUUGGUGCUAUUUAAACUACAUUAAGCCAAAUCACAUCCAGCAUGCAGAUAGGAGGUCCUCUGUUUACGCUGGUUGGUGCAUAAGUUUGUACAACCCCAACCUUCCGGGGGUUUCCACUAAAGCUGCUUUGUCCCUCCUGAGGUCUAAGCAGAAAGUGAGCAAAGAGACAUACACCAUGGCCACAGCUCCGCAUCCUGAGGCAGGAAGGCUUGUGCCAUCCAGCUCCCGCAAGCCCCGCAUGACAGAGGUUCACCUCCCUUCGCUGGUUUCCCCGGAAGGCCAGAAAGAUCUAGCUAGAGUGGAGAAGGAAGAAGAGAGGAGAGGGGAGCCGGAGGAGGACGCUCCUGCCUCCCAGAGAGGGGAGCCGGCGAGGAUCAAAAUCUUCGAAGGAGGGUACAAAUCAAACGAAGAGUAUGUAUAUGUGCGAGGCCGCGGCCGAGGGAAAUAUGUUUGUGAGGAGUGUGGAAUUCGCUGCAAGAAGCCCAGCAUGCUGAAGAAACACAUCCGCACCCACACUGACGUCCGACCCUAUGUGUGCAAGCACUGUCACUUUGCUUUUAAAACCAAAGGGAAUCUGACUAAGCACAUGAAGUCGAAGGCCCACAGCAAAAAGUGCCAAGAGACAGGGGUGCUGGAGGAGCUGGAAGCCGAAGAAGGAACCAGUGAUGACCUGUUCCCAGACUCGGAAGGGCGAGAGGGCUCAGAGGCUGUGGAGGAGCACCAGUUUUCAGACCUGGAGGACUCAGACUCAGACUCGGACCUGGAUGAAGAUGAGGACGAGGACGAGGAGGAGAGCCAGGACGAGCUGUCCAGACCGUCCUCGGAGGCACCCCCGCCCGGCCCACCACCCACGCUGCGGGCAGACUCUUCACCCAUCCAGGGCCCUCAGCCCCCAGAUGCCACCUCUGGCAAUGAGCCCCCGUGCGGCAGCUCGGUCUCGGAAGCUGAGCGCUUGACAGCCAGCGGUCGCUCCACGUCCAGCCAGAGCAUCCUGUGCCUCCCCCGGCUGGGACUGGCCCCUUCGGGCCCUGUGGAGAAGGAGACAGGCUCGGCCCUGAGCUCCAAGUCCGUGUCGCCGAGAAGACCGUGGUCCCCAAGCAAAGAAGCAGGCAGCCGCCCACCCUUAGCCCGCAAACACUCACUAACCAAAAACGACUCGUCUCCCCAGCGAUGUUCACUGGCCAGAGAACCACAGGCCUCAGCCCCGAGCCCACCUGGCCCCCAGGUGGGCCCUGGAAGGGACACGGGCCCACUCCCUUGUGGGUCUCCAAGACUUGAGCUGUCUCCUCUCACCCCCCGGCCCCCUCGAACACAUCUGCCCCCCAGACACUCGCCCACCAGGAGAUGGUCUCCGGGUCAGGCCGAGUCACCACCACAGUCAGCGCUGCCAGGGAAGUGGGCCUCGCCUGGGCCGGGCAGCCCCUCUGUGGGCGAGUGUGGCCCGGGCUUGGGGCUGGCCCCGCGGGUUCUCUUCCCGCCCACGCCUCUACCUCACAAGCUUCUCGGCAGAAGCCCCGAGACCUGCGCUUCCACCUGGCAGAAGGCCGAGUCCCGAAGUCCCUCCUGCUCACCCGGCCCUGCUCAUCCUCUCUCCUCCCGACCCUUCUCCGCCCCCCAUGACUUCCACGGCCACACCCCGGCCCGGACAGAGGAGAACAUCUUCAGCCACCUGCCUCUGCACUCCCAGCACCUGGCCCGUGCCCCGUGUCCCUUGAUUCCCAUCGGGGGGAUCCAGAUGGUGCAGGCCCGGCCGGGAGCCCACCCCACCCUGCUGCCAGGGCCCGCCGCCGCCACCUGGGUCAGUGGCUUCUUGGGGGGUGGCAGCGACCUGACGGGGGCCCGGGAGGCCCAGGAGCGAGGCCGCUGGAGUCCUACCGAGAGCUCAUCAGCCUCUGUGUCGCCUGUGGCCAAGGUCUCCAAGUUCACACUCUGCUCGGAGCUGGAGGGCAGGGACUACCCCAAGGAGAGGGAGAGGACGGGCGGAGGCCUGGGCAGACCUCCCGACUGGGAGCCCCGCGGGGCCGAGGCACCCACAGAGCCCGUGCCCGCGCACAGUCCCUGCACGCCACCACCCCAGGGCCGCCGGGCAGCGCAGUCCUGGAGCCCCCGCUUGGAGUCCCCGUGCACUCUGGCCGACACAGAGGCCUCUGCCACCCCGCCGCUGGACCGCAGCAGCUCCGUGGGCUGCCUGGCCGAGGCCUCCGCUCGCUUCCCAGCCCGGAGGAGGAACCUCUCUGGGGAACCCAGGACCAGGCAGGGCUCCCCCCAGCCCUCAGGAAGUGGGGAGCCCAGGGCACCUCCACACCAGCCUGAGGACAGGGGCCCCCCGAGCACUUAGCCGCUCUCUGACCGCUUCAGCAUCUGGCUUCCGGAGUUCAGCAACAGACGUUUCCAGCCAGCUUCCUCGAAUCACCUGUUCUCACGGGCCGCGCCCAUCUGUCCCUCUGUCCAAGCAGCUUCUGCCUGGCCCCCAUCUGCUGUAUCUUCCCAUGUAUGCAGUUACCUGUGCCUUUUUCUAUACCUUUUGUUGCUUGAAAAGAAACAAAUCACACACAUACAUAAAAAAAAAAAAAAAAACCACGAGGAGUUUGAGGCUGUGAAUAGUCCGUGAUUUGGGGGGAAAGGCUGUAGGUGGAGCCUCCGUACCCUGCAGCCACCUCACCUCCAAGGCAGGCAGAGGGAAAGGGGAUGCACUGAGGGAGAGAAAAAAAGAAACUUUACAAACUGCAGAAUGAGACGUAAAAGCAAGCACUCCUAUGUACAGAUGUUUGUGGUUUCUAUCUAUUGCCUCUUGUCCCACCUCAGCGAGUGGCCGCUUCUCUCUGCCAGCAAAAAGCCCAGUGGCAGCCCCACCCAGGCAGGCCCCAGAAAAAUCAUCUUUUCCUUUUUUCUUUUUUUAUGUGAGACAAAGACAAAGAAAGAAAAUGUUACCUUUCCUAGGAUUUCAACACAAAAUUACAGGAGCAGGUAGAAGGUAGGAGCUGGUUGGUUCCCCCAGGGCUCCCGGGGACCUUGGUAGCCUGAGUUUGGGGCCCAUCCUGGCAUUUCACAGGUGGCCAUACCACCCCACCCAUCCAAACUCCAUCCUGCUGCCUCCCUUCUGCCCCCCAACCCUACCCCCUGGGCUGGGAAAUGUCUCCCCGUUCCUGAGCACCCGGCCCAGGCCAUAGGCUGCCUGCUCUAUUCUAAAAACUACCCAUAGGCUGACUUAGCAAGACCCAAGCCCUAGGGACUGUUCCUGAGACCAGAGUGUGGGUUUGUUCCACCUUGAUCCCUGGAGUACCAGGGCCCUAUUUCCUUCAUGGCUGGGCUUUCCAGUGCUUGGCACCAAAGGUUUACAGGGACCCAUUUCUGGACCCCUUUGCAGCAGGACUGGUUUCCCCCAUCCUUGCCUCCACUAUCCCUGCCUCCACCACCCCAAGGAAAUACCCAAAAGUGUGCCUGGUGGGAACUGCUGGGGCCUGUUUGUUGCAGAAAAGAGAAAGAGAGAAAGAGGACGGUGUUCAAUUCUUUCCCCAGCCUCCUCCCAUUCUCUUCACCUAGGGGACUUUUGAAUUGUCCUAAGUGAUCUGGAUUCUUCUCCAGAGCAAUCAGAACUGGCCAGUGCCUCUUCCUUAUCACAUUUCUGCCUUCAGGAAGCUGCCCUGCACUUCCUGAGGGCAAAAACCUGUAAGAAACAUAAUAUGAUCAGAGAUUUAAACCCCCAGUUGAAAUAUGGAACUUGAAGUCUAACAUGUUCACCACACCUUGAGAGAGGUAGUUUUUUCCCCGAUCUUCCAUAAAUGGUUUUCUUUACUUUCUGCACAGGGGAGAGAGCACAGGGACUGUGGCCUGGCCCACGCAGCCUGGGUGCUGAUGCCUUCUUGUGCGAGGCAGGGGCCUCUCUGGGCGGCCCACAGGCCUCAGCCAGGCGUUUAUGAACCAAGUACUUGUCCAAAGGCUCCUGAGCUGUUGAAGUUGUUUAAAAAGGACGCUGUAGGUGGGAGGGUCGAGACCCUUCUGCAAGCUCCCUGUGCCUGGCCAUACUUCCCUCUUCCUCCAGUUCACAGCCUUUCCCUGCUUGGCCCCUGAUGGUUGGACACACCAGCCACAGGUCCUGACUACAACCAGACCACCUUGUUCAUAUCCUUUGCCUCACUUAGAGCUAAGACUAAAAAUGCGCUAACAGGGCAGGGCCUCCCUGGGGGUCCACUGUGCGCCAGGGUCCUGGGGAGUCUGGGUUAGCUAGUAGCUCUUGGCUGCUUGACUCAGAGUCUGGGGCUCCCGUCCACCCUGGGAGAAGCCAGGAAGCCCAUCCUGGACAAUACUGUACUGUUCUGGCAGGGCAGGAAGUGGGCAGGAGACCAGGCCCCAGAAGGCCAGGGCUUUCCUCACCCCCUGCCUUCUAGCCCUUGCCGAUGGGGCUGCCCACAGGCUGGACACUUCAAGGGCUGAGGCCUGGGAGCUGGAUAAAGGGCAUUGCUUCAGCCCAGGUUGGAAACUCUCCUGGGCAAGAUCUUCCGGCCCCAGGCCUACGAGGCAGCAGACUGUGGGCUCUGCUGGACCAGCUCCUGACCUUGGGGGUGGCCACACCUCUCACCCCACCCUGCACCCCAGCUCUCCUGGCACCAUCCCCCUGCACUUGAACAGCCCACCCACCAAAGGUUCCUCCCUGGGCAGCCUAGUGAUCGACCGUGGCCAGCAAAGGAGGGUCCCUGCAGUCGCGGGGCCAUCAGGCUCUGGCAGAGGAGAAGUAACCAGGGCCAGCAGUCACUGGAGACCUAUUUCUAAAUACCCCGGGGGGGAGAUGUACAAAUAGAAUCUGGCCAAAGGGCUACUACCCCACCCAGGUGCCCAGAGGGAUGGCAUUGAUGCCCCCAGCCUGGGGUGUAUGUCACUGGGCACGGCUCUAACCCCUCUUCCAGACUCUAUUUCCACUCCCCUGAGCACAGACCACAUGAUGCUCACUCCACUCGUGUGCUCCCCUGGGCCUCCUGUCCCUGCGCCCAACCACUUCUGCAGUUCCAACUUGCCUGUCAUGCUGUUGUCCCUGUUAGAAGAAGCAGCAGAGAAAGCAGGGGCUGAUUCGUGGCCAUAGCCACCUGUUCCAUGCUCUGUCGAAAUGGCCUUCCCUUGGUACAGACUAGCUCUGGUCCUUGGGUGUUAGCAGUGGAGGAGGAACCAACCGGCCGAGGUUUCGGAGGCAAACCUUGCCUUCUGCUGGGAUCCCAAGCCACCUGCCCCCCAGGAUGUGCUUCACCCCUGGCAACUCAGGGCCAUUCUGGGUACUAACCCACUCCCCUCAAAGACAGGCCUGCCCUGUCUGUGCCCGACCCUGACUCGCACGCUGGGCUCAUUCCCUGGGACCCUCCAGGAGCCUGACAGCGGUGUGCUGCCUGCUCUCACCCCCUUGACCCCCAACUCCCAGACCCAGACAUGCCCCCUGCCUCCCUCUUUUGGGAAAAGUCUGAAAGAAUUAGCUUCCAGGUUCUUCUAGCUUCUUCUCCAACCCCCGUCCCCCGCCCCCGCCAGUUCUUCUGAAGAGGAACAAACAAUAUAUCUGAGCUGAAUUUCUCUCUAGUCCUUUCUCCAGACAAACCCUUCUUAAAGCAAAAGUCCUGGCUGAGCAGCCCUCCCUGGGGACCGAUCUGCCGUGUUGACCAGGGGAAGAAAGUUCCUGAAGGCCUGUUCCACAAAUUCUGCUUCUGUGUUGUGAAUCUAGUCCGCUUUCCAUUAGAAAACCGCUUCGGCACUUAUGAUCACUUUACUAAAUCUAGUCUUUAAAAAAAAAAAAAUGAAAAGAAAAGAAACAUGCAGGCAAAUGUAAGAUACACGCUCUCUGUAAGAUAAAUAUUUGCCUUUUUUUUCCCUAAAAGGUGUAUGUAUUCUGUACGUGAAAUUGUCUGUAGAAAGUUUCUAUGUUCUUAAAUGGCAAUACAUUCCAAAAAUUGUACUGUAGAUAUGUACAGUGAUUGCACUGGGAUGGGGUAGUUUUGCCUGUAAUUUUAUUUAAACUCCAGUUUCUACACUUGCAUCUUGCAAUGUUGGUAUGGUAUAUAUCAGUGCAAAAGAAAAAAACAAAACAAAACAAAAAAAAUCCAUGCAGGUCUAAAGCACAGAGUCUGAUGUACAAAAGGAAAAAAAAUGCUCAGUAUUGAUGUGUGUGACCUUUGUUGUAAAUUACAUCUGUACUGUGAAUGAGAAGUUUUUACAAGUAUAAUAAUUGCCUUUAUUACAGCUCUGGCUGAGUGUUCAGCCUGAGGAUAUUUUUUAAAAAAAAAUAGCACGUUGGAAUAAAUUUGAAGAUCCCAACAUA